UGGGAAAAGAGACGACGUAUAGCAACUUGCAAUAGAAAGGGUUCUCAGAGAUAAUAUAUUUCUGUCCAAAAUGAAAACGCUCAAGCGCUUGUGGAAAGUAAUAAAACGAAGCGAAGGGGGGGAAGGAAAGACAACGGGAAAGCAGCCGGCGCAAUCACUGUCAAGUCCAGUCCCGACUAGUCCCGGUGACUCUUUUCGCACGGUGGAGGCGUGCUCCGGAGGGAAGACAAUAGGUAAGCAGCCGGCGCUUUCACAGUCAAGUGAAGUCCAGACUAAUCUCGGUGAUUCUUCUUUGCAGCUGCAGGUGGGUUCUGAUAAGAAGGGCGACUCCAUUUGCCCCCUGCAGGUGGGUUCCAGAGAGAAAGGGGACUCUUCUUGCCCGCCGGAGGUGUCUUCCGGUGAGAAGGGUGGCUCUUCUUGCCCGGUGGAGGUGUGCUCCGAUGAGAAGGUCGACUCUUCUCGCCCGCUGGAGGUGCCUUCUUCUGAUGAGAAGGACUACGUGAAAGCGCCACCUCGCAUAGCGAUUGACCUCGGCACUUCUUCUUGCCGGGUGGCGGUGUGUCGCGAUGGGAAGGUCCAGGUCAUACCGGACGUGUCUGAGAGACGCUCGACACCAUCUGUUAUCGCAUUCACGGACGAGAAGUGUUUGGUGGGCGAACAAGCGCAAAAACAACUGCUGCUGCGCAAACCGGAAAACUUGCUUUACGAGGCGAGACGCCUCAUCGGACGGGAUUACGAUGCGAUCACAGAAACGGAGAGAAAAUGGUGGCCGUUCAUCAUCGUUAAGGGAGAAUCCGGCGAGGCUAUGCUGGACGUAAAGACCGAACUCUUGUCCUCUCUGAUGAGAGAUUCUGAAGAUGAGCUUAAAAAGCUAUCCUCUUCUAUGCACUAUUUCCUAGUUGAGCAAAGAGGAGUACCCGAAUUCAAGGAAGGGUCUACAGCGGAUCUUGAGAAUAGGUACCUGGCACCUGAGCAGGUACUCGCGGUGUUUCUAGCGAAGAUGAAGAGUGAUGCCGAGACUUUCCUCGAAUGCGGCGAGCUGCACAGCGCGGUUAUUGCCGUUCCAGCACUCUACUUGGAUAGGCAGCGGUCGGCGAUCAAGGUGGCGGCGGAGAUCGCAGGCUUCACGGAUGUGCAGCUCGUCAGCGAAUCAACGUCGGCUGCUUUGAGCUACGCGCAGCACAAGGGACUCGUCACCUCCUGCUGCUCUGGUGUUUCUCCUGAAGAACAAACUCAAAGCGGCACGAAGAUGCUUGUAGUUGCUAUGGGAGGAGGAAACUGUGAAGCUGCGAUGGUAACGAUUACUGGCGGAGAGCUCAGGGUGAACUCAGCGGCAGGCAAUCCAAGUCUCGGAGGCAUGGACUUCGACCACAAGAUGAUGGAACUAGUACUUAAUCGCGUGCAGCAGCAGUUUAAUCGGACUCUCCCACUGAGCAGCAGCACGUUGCGGGAACUGAAGACAGCGAGCGAAAAGGCGAAGAAGGACCUGACCUUGAUGACCGACACACAGGUUGGAGCUGAGAGUUUCGGCGGUGAUGACGACCGCAAGGUGAUCAUCGGCCGCGGUGAAUACGAGGAACACUGUAAGAGUUUGCUGGAGGAGUGCAUGAAAUACGUACAAAGAGUCUUGGCGGAAAGCAAAACUCCGAUUUCCCUUGUGAAGGAAGUCGUGUUGGUAGGUGGGUCGACCCGCAUUCCCAAGGUCGUAGACAUGCUUUGGACACACCUUGACUUGGAACCAAAGCCCCACCCUUAUCAGGACGAAGCCGUUGUGCGCGGGGCAGCACUCUUUGCUGAUUGCAGCGAGCAGGUUAUCGAGACCCAUCCCAUAGUCAUUGCGUGCCGUGGAGAGCGGAAUGGUGCCUAUCAACACAUUUACGAGCACGGUGUGAGGCCGACAUGCUUCGCAUUGCCAAUACGGGAGGGUAGGCAAUGGUGGGGUUUGUCGCUAGAAUAUCGUGUACAUGAUCUGGAUAUACACGAGGGGACAAGAGGUGAUACAUUAUCAUACAGACCAACUGGCAUAGUAAGCAUGACUGAAGAGAAGAAAAAACGUUUCAGCGGUAGAGAGAUGAUGAAAAUUGAUCGAUGCGGAAUAAUGGGACUUGACGAGGAAUCGGUUCCAAAACUUGCUGCGUUUUAUAAAAUCGGGCAACGACCUCCGCCAGUGGUCGAUAGUUGGAAGAAGCUUGCCAAGGAGCUCCCUGUGCACGAGCGGAGAAUCGCAGAGAUGAGCGCCAGGAGCCAAUGGAAGAAGUACAGCAACGAGGUGGAGAAACGAGAGUCUGCAUGCCCGCGCUGGCUGUGGAAUAUUAUAUGUGAAUGGAAGCGUGACAUCGAGGGAUGGCCUGGCAACGAGGCAGAACGUGAAUGCGUAGGGAUCAGCGAAUUAACCUCCCGGUUUGCCGAAUUCCGAAAGGCGUGCGAAUAUGCAUUCGGAGCGACGCGGGCGAGACCAACGUCAGGAAGGAAGUUCUUGGUGGUGGAUUGCUGGAAAUCCAAGGAUAUUGAGAACUGCGCGUAUAAUCUUUUCGUGAGCAGGGGUCCAGAGCUCUGCGAGAUGGUCAUCUCCAUGCCCCUUAAGGACCUCCUUAAGACAAAAGAGCGUUUUGCGGAAAUGGAGGGAUUAGAGGGAAUAGGAUUAGCGGCACCCGGCCUUUCGCUCAAGGCGACCCCCAACGCCUUGACAAAGGACGGGAUCCCCUACGUCCUGCUCGAGGCAGGGCCCGCCGUAACGAGCUCAGGCGAUCCAGAGAAUCUCUGCUCGGGGUGGAACAAGUUUGUCGGUGAGCAGGUGUCGCUCGCCCUGCAAGCCGGUCUUCAGGUCGUCUUGCGACUUGGACGAGAUCAUUCUGACGAUAUGCAAAUCCAGAAUGAGGCAUUCGAACGGGAGAAGGAGAAGCGCAAUUGCGAAAUGCAACUCCGGGACAUUGUCGGUCGCAUUGGCAAGAAUUUCCGAAACAUAGCUAUCGCUUACCUGCCUCCAUCUCAUGUGCCAUUGUCGGAAACCAGAGCGGUUGCAGCAGAGGCCGCCAGGGUAGCGCCGUGUGACUUAGUUGUGGAGGUGGUUCGGCACAUCAGACGUGUAAUUGGGGACUUGGUGAACGCAGAGGCCGCCGAUGCAACGCGCAUCCUUAUCGGCGGAUGCGAGACGGCGGACACGUGGCAUGCCCUGCUUAGUGGGCAGCAUGCCAUUGACGGCUUCCUGCUUGAGGCGGGGCUCCGAGACCCUCUCCUGUUCGACAAACUCCUUCUCAGCGGGGGACCAAGCGGGCAAAUUCGCCAGGAAAGGGGGGGCAAAGUGUUGCUUUGUGGGGGGCAAGAGGAAAAUGUGACCCUCAGCGAGUACGACAUGGUCUGGUUGAGUGCUGAAACACGCAAGCUUAUGGGUACAGAGGAGGUCCUCUGGAUAACGACGAAGUAUGUCUUGACUGAGGAGGGCAGUUCAGAAACGAACAUGACCAGCGAGAUCGACGGCUCGUACGUGUUGCGCUGGAAGAAGGGUCACAUUAUGACUGACUACCGCGGAGAGGCGAGAGAAGCGCGAAAGGUGACAAUCGUCCCCAUUUUCGACUCUCAGAACAAUAGCCAAGGUCAAGAACCAGCAGAGGGGCUAUCGAUGCAGCUCUCAGCUUUGAGGGAGAAGUUGGCAAGACAAGCUUUUAGUGAAUGGCCACAUCUUCUUCUCGAGUACAGGCCUGCAUACGGUGUGGAGUCUGUGGACAGCACGCACUCUCUUCUUGCGACUGUGGACAGAGCUCACGUCCUCCUCAGGAGAUGGGUUCUUGCAAACUUGGGUGCCGAGCCCGCGCAGGAUGUGCGCAUUGUAUGCUUUCUCAAAGAGGGGCUGGCGUCGGACACUCGUCGACAGAUUGCCAAUCUGCCCAAUGUAGAUGGGAUAACCCUGCGGCUUCCCGCUCGGCGAACCGUCAGCCGGACCAGUGUUGCGGCCUAGACGCAACUUACAUUACAUCCUUUUUUUUCUUUUUUUUUUCCAUAUCUGGUACGUUGCAUCCUUCGCUUCUUUUUCUUUCAGUUGAAAUUUAAAUAAAGGGGUUCUGAAAGC